UUUUUUGGGCUUCGGGCUGGCGGGGCAGGUUGCUGGAGCCCUGUGUCCUCUGCUCCAGCUUGCUGGGGCCGAGUGGGUCCUUCCCGCCGGCUCUAACCCAACUCUCCCUCCUUUCACUCUUUCCUGGGACGUCGGCAGGUGCAGCGGGAAAGCAUAAGCUUAAAUCGUCUCAGAAGGACAAGGUCCGCCAGUUUAUGGCAUUUACCCAGGCUGGUGAAAGGACUGCUAUAUACUGCUUGAUGCAGAAUGAAUGGAAACUAGAAGUGGCAACAGACAACUACUUCCAGAAUCCAGACUUGUACUACAAAGAAUCCAUGAAGAAUUCAGUAGACAAGAAGAAAUUAGAACAACUGUAUAAUAGAUACAAAGACCCUCAAGAUGAAAAUAAAAUUGGCAUUGAUGGGAUUCAGCAGUUCUGUGAUGAUUUAAGCCUGGACCCAGCCAGUAUCAGUGUUCUGGUUGUAGCAUGGAAGUUCAGGGCAGCUACUCAGUGCGAAUUCAGUAAAAAAGAAUUUGUUGAUGGCAUGACAGACCUGGGGUGUGACACCACAGAAAAACUAAAAGCUCUAUUGCCAAGACUGGAACAGGAGCUAAAGGAUCCAACUAAGUUCAAAGAUUUUUAUCAGUUUACUUUUAACUUUGCUAAAAACCCUGGACAAAAAGGUCUAGAUCUAGAAAUGGCAAUUGCAUAUUGGAAUUUAGUCUUGUCAGGAAGGUUUAAAUUUCUUGAUCUUUGGAAUAAGUUUUUGCUGGAACAUCAUAAAAGAUCAAUUCCAAAAGAUACUUGGAAUCUUUUGUUAGACUUUGGAAAUAUGAUUGCAGAUGAUAUGUCCAACUAUGAUGAAGAAGGAGCAUGGCCUGUUCUUAUAGAUGAUUUUGUGGAAUAUGCACGACCAGUAGUCACAGGAGGAAAACAUAAAACUUCCUAACCCCAGACUUGUCAAUAUGGACUAAAAGUGCACUCUGAACUGCGUUAGGCAAUGAAGAUUUGUUGACUGAUAACUGCACAUUGUUGCUGGAUUCAGCAGUCUUGAUGAGAUUCUGCAGGCAAAGCUGAAAUUCUUCCUUUCUGCCUAAAGAAAAGGGUGGCUGACUUGUGGACACUUGAAGAACAAACUCAGAAGAUAGUACAGACUGUUUGUAGGCUAUCGGCUUCAAUUAUUGUGCCAGUUGUAUCAUAUAGGAUGUAGAUUUUGCAUGAUUUUAUACUUUGGAGAAGUUUAACUAGAGGCCAUUUUAUUAAAGUUUUGACAGCACAGCAUGCCAUUCAGUUCAUGAUCCAAAGUGAACACCAGCAGUUACAUAAAUAAAACUGUAUUAUAUUGUACUUAUAUAAAAAGCAGUAUUUGUGGUAUAUAAAUUAAAUCCCCAAAUAAAACUUAUGCAGUAUGUUGCAUUUUUAUAAAAGUUAGUUCUGUGGAUCUGUCCUAAUAUUGAAUUGUAACCAAAAAAAAGGAAACAAACCACUUUGCUUUUUUUUUUUACUUGUUGCCAAAAUUUUAAAUUUAUGUUUUAAAGUCUUAGAUGUAUGGAUUGAUUACAUCCAGCCUUUUCUUCCAGUGAGAUCAACUUCCUCAUUAUUCUUCUUGAAGUGCUUGGACGUGUAACAGUGCUGAGGAAAGGCUGCUGCUCUGUGCUACGUUGCAACUCCAGCUUUUUUAUUAACCACUUUAAAGCAGACAUUAAACAGCCAAAGAUGAUUUUAUAAUUAGUGUUUGAUUAUCAUAAUUCAGUUAGUCUUUGAUUAUUUAUUUCAAAUAACGAAUGGGUGGAAUAUAAGUUUUAGUUUUAUUUGUAGCCUGAAACGAAUCAUAAAUCCCAUCUAAAUGCAACAUUGUUAUAAACGAAUUCCUGUCAUUUCUCAUAGAAAAUAAAUGUGAAUAAGCCCAAAAGCUUCACUAGUUGGCAUCUGCUUUGAAGAAAUAGUUAAGGGUAACAAUAAGUGAUGAUAAACAUUCAUGCCUCUGGGUGUAUUGUGCAUUCAAUUUCAUUUAUUUAAGUGGAAAAAAAAGAAAAUUAAUGCAGUAUCGUUGAUCUUCCAGGCUAGUGAAAUUGGUCUAGCUUCUACCAAAUAUAUAUUUUUUUUUCCACCUUUUCACCAGUCCUCAAUUAUGAAUUGUACAGAGGUCAGCGGCCUCUUUGUCAACAGUGUCUCUGAUGCCAGAAACUAUUCAACACAUCUUCUCAAAGGACUCUUUUAAAAUGCUACCUCACCAAAAUGGGUUUGUCACACCCACUGUAAAAGUUUGUUAAAACAAAGAGUUACUAAAGAAUAUGCACAUUGAAUACGGUCAAUGUAUUUUCUAUAAUCAGAGCUGAAUAGAUGCAAGAAUAUUGG